AGCUGCUGUGUGAGCUCAUCCACACCGCUCUGAGCAGGUAGAGCGAGCACAGGCAACAGAGAUAGAGGCGGUGAGAGAGUCAGAGCGCCGGCAGAAAGGAAGGUCUGUUUUUUCACCUGAAGAUUACUUUGUCCCACUGUCCACUCACCCUGAGUGCUGGAAGGAGCAAAGAGGAGGAGGGAGCUGAGUUGAUCUGGAAGUGUCAGCUCUUGCUCUCUGGUCAUUUUUUCUUCUCCUGCAUGAGGGUCAGCUGGACUUCUCUGCAAAAACUCCAGUGAUCAGACUGCAACAAAAAGACAGAAACAGACACGGACAAGGUCAGAAGGGGAGAAAGUGAGGAAACGGCAGUAAAGGAAAGGAAGCUGACUGAAAACCUAAGAGGAGCCAGAAAGAAAGGACCAAGAACUGUGCCUGUGAAGAAAGAGAAAAAGUCUUCACAUCGUUGCUUCACAAUGGGAGAUCUUUUACAACUUGCAGCAGUUGCCAGCACCUUGCUCCCUGUGACUCUCUGCAUUUUGACACUUCUGCCUCACAGCCUUGUGGGUAAGCCCACAGAGGAGGACAGCACAGGCAGCGAAGUGCUGCUCCAGAGGGUGAGACGAGGCUGGGUGUGGAACCAGUUCUUUGUCCUGGAGGAGUACACUGGACUGGAACCACUAUAUAUUGGAAAGCUCCACUCAGACAUGGAUAAAGGUGACGGCUCCAUUAAAUACAUCCUGACAGGCGAGGGUGCGGGCACCACCUUCACCAUUGAUGACAGCACAGGAGACAUUCAUGCCAUACAGAGGCUGGACCGGGAGGUGAAGGCCCAGUACGUCCUCCGUGCACAGGCCCGCAACCGCCUGACGGACAGACCUCUGGAGCCUGAGUCCGAGUUCAUCGUCAAGAUCCAGGACAUCAAUGACAACGAGCCGAGGUUUCUAGAUGGACCCUACCAGGCAACUGUACCUGAAAUGUCUAAAACAGGAACAUCUGUGAUCCAGCUGACGGCUACAGAUGCAGAUGACCCUACCUAUGGCAACAGUGCUCGCGUGGUCUACAGCAUCCUGGAGGGUCAGCCUUACUUCUCAGUGGACGCCAAGACUGGUGUGGUCCGCGUGUCCCUGGCAGACAUGGACCGAGAGACCAGAGAGAACUACACUGUGGUCAUCCAGGCCAAAGACAUGGGCGGCCAGCUGGGGGGACUUGCUGGCACCACCACUGUCAACAUCACGCUCAGCGAUGUCAAUGAUAACCCGCCCACGUUUGACCAAAGGCUGUACCAGAUGAGUGUCCCCGAGUCAGUUCCUGUGGGUUCAGUGGUGGGUCGGAUCUGGGCCAAGGACAGAGACACUGGGGUCAACGCUGAGAUGAAGUACAGCAUCAUCGAUGGAGAUGGCAGGGACACCUUUGACAUCAGCACUGACCCCAACAACCUUUUUGGCAUUAUCACAGUGAAAAGGCCACUGAACUUUGAAAACAAGCCCAGUUAUACUCUAAAAGUGGAGGGUGCCAACAUCCACCCGGACCCGGCCUUUCGCCAACACGGGCCCUUUAAGGAUGUCACCAUCGUGCAUGUGAGCGUGGAGGACGUGGACGAGCCCCCGCUGUUCGAUUUGCCAGCGUAUUACAUUGAGCUGCCAGAGGAUGCUGAAAUUGGGACCGUGGUGAAGACAGUGUCUGCGAGGGAUCCCGAUGCUGCCAACAACACCGUGAGGUAUUCCAUUGAGAGGUCCAGUGAUCCCGACAAGUACUUCUACAUAGAGAUCACCUCCGGGUCACUGAUGACGGUGCGUUCACUGGACCGAGAGGAGAUCGGCUGGCACAACAUCACUGUCCUCGCCAUGGAAAUGAAUAACCCCACACAGAUCGCAAGUGUGUCAGUGGCUGUGAAGGUCCUGGAUGUGAACGAUAAUCCUCCUUCGCUGACACACUACCUAGAGGUUUACGUGUGCGACAGCGCCAAAGCGGGGCAGCUGAUCCAGACUGUGACAGCAGUGGAUCCAGAUGAGCCGCUGGGUGGACAACACUUCUACUACAGCUUGGCUCCGGAGGCCGCCAACAACCCCAACUUCACCCUGAGAGACAACCAAGACAACACAGCAUGGAUCCUGACUCGGCGUGGCGGCUGGUCACAGCAGGACCAGACUGUCUUCUACUUGCCCAUCUUCAUUUCUGACAGCGAGCAGCCAGUCCAGACCAGCACCAGCACCAUGACCAUCCGAGUGUGCAGCUGCGACCAGGAGGGCAACAUCAUGUCGUGCAAUGCCGAGGCCUACAGCCUGCCCGCCAGCCUGAGCAGAGGAGCGCUCAUCGCAAUCCUGGCCUGUAUCUUUAUCCUGUUGGUGAUGAUUCUGCUCAUGCUUUCCCUGCGGAGUCAUCGUAAGAAGCCCUACCUGUGCGAUGAGGAGGAGAAUGUUCACGAGAACAUUGUCCGCUACGAUGACGAAGGCGGCGGCGAGGAGGAUACCGAGGCCUUUGACAUAGCCGCCAUGUGGAACCCACGUGAGACACACCAUCACUUGGGCAAGAUGAGGCAAGAUAUGCUGCCAGAGAUCGAGAGCCUGUCUCGUUACGUCCCUCAGGCCUAUGUAGUGGGCGGUGGCGGGGACAGUAACGUGCACGGAUAUGUGUUAGCAAAGCUCCUGGAGGCUGACAUGGACCCGUGUGCCCCGCCUUAUGACUCCCUGCAAACCUAUGCCUAUGAGGGGGAAGGCUCAGUCGCUGAGUCGCUCAGCUCACUCCAGUCAGGGACGUCCAACGCUGACCAUGAGUACGAUUAUCUCAAUGAGUGGGGGCCUCGCUUUAAAAAAUUGGCCGAGAUGUACGGCGUGCUGGAUACAAACAGUCCUGUGUGGUAGACAAACACAGCCUUUGCCUUCAUAGUCCAGGACAAAAAGAAAGACAAAACCAUCCACAAAAACAGACAAAAAGUGUGUGAGGAAAAUACGAUAAAGCUGAGAUGUGCUCACAUCCACAUCCAGGUUAGCACUCAAGUUCCUGCUGCAGUUCCUCCUUGAAGGCCUGAGGUGCCUGCAGCAGCAGUGUGGUUUUAAAUCUCCCCCAGAGAUGUGGUUUCAGAGACGGGCUAGACUGGCAUCCUCAUGAGGAGCCUCUUCAAAGCAUAUGUUAACUCCCCCAGCCACCAGGAGAGCCCCUGUGGCUUGAGGUGUUUAUGCCACAGAUAAAGACGGGAGCACAGGACUGCCUUACUGCAGCGUGGGGAGCAGGCUCUGAAAUGCUGAGCCACUGUUCUGUGCUUUUAUACAAGUGAAAAGUCACUGCUGCAAUUAGAGAUUUUUGUUUCAUCUGUGGCAGGUCUUAAUUUAUUUCUUUGUUUCAUGUGCUGUAUUUAUACUUUUAACUUAUUUGGAUUCCUCAAACCGACACUGUACUUUAAACUACAGCAAUGUGGGGAAAUCUUUACAAGAUUACUUAUAUGUUGUAACAUACCCAGUGUUUUCAGUCUGUGUGAGAAGUAACGUUUUUCAUACAUCUCCAAGUGUUACCAGUUAUGCAUAGGAGCUGUAACUCCAUAUGGGUUUUCUAGGUUGAUAUGUUUGGUGUAUUAUUGUUUUUGUAUCAGUUUUGAGCUCUUUGUAUUGAAAGUCUGUUUUAUUUCCAAAAGCAUCAAGCAGUUAUAUAUUCAUGGGGAUAAGUGGGAAGCCAGUUUUGAAAAAUGUGGUGAUGGUGCUGGAUGUGUCCCAGCAGACGGUCAGUGUUACCCUAGAUGCAUCAGCGUACCUGGAUGAGCACACAACCGAGGCCCUUUCCAUUUUGGAUCCACCGCCGUGCCAGCCAGAGUCCCACAGCAGCCAGGCUUGAUCUGUCCUAAGAGACUGUGAUAAUCUGCAUUAAGUGCCAAAUGUAAAAAGAACAAAACAAACAAACACAUAAAGAAAAGGGAUUUUACAAACUGGCAGGGAGACAAAGGUACAUUUUGAUUAUGCGAUUGGGUGGGACUCUUGAAAGGUUGACUUGAAAUCAUGUGAUCAGUCAGUGGUACAGUAUAUGAAUGUAGAUAAUUUUUUGUAAUCUUGGUAAUAAAAAGGUAAUUUUAAAAUAUGUAAUGUUCCUCCUCAGUCCUUAAACCAACUGUGUCUGAGAAGAUUCACAAAACUAAUCCAAGAAAAGAGUCUUCAGAGUCCUUUGGAAUAAUAAACUGCCUCUCUUGUCAGUAAAUAGCAUUAUUCAAUUCACUGAAGCAUGGCAGAAAUGGAAGUCCUUCAAAAGAUAAAGUAGCUAUUUAAAUUUGCAAUCAUAUGCUAAAUUGUCCUCCUAAGCGAUACUGCAGAUGAUGGUUUUCAUUAUAGUUUCUCUCACAGUACUUAAUUUGCUUGACUUAUUUUGUUUUGCAGCAGUAAUGCUUAGCACUGAUUAACAGCUCAUCUAGCCACAGCCUGCUGUACCUGAGCCGAACGCCGCGCCGCUCCACCUGACAGCUUUCAUCGGACCAUUCAUAUGAACAAAUGGAACAUCUGCCAAUAGGGAUCAGUCUAUGAUAAACAAGAUUCUAUGUGAUGCCACUGAAGGACAGGGAAGGUAAAAGACAAGGGAAGGGGAGGUGGGAGGUAAACAGACAAGUAAAAGGAAAUUUAAAAGUAUAGAAAGAAAAGAGAAUCAAAGUGACUUUGAAUUUCCAUGAGCACUGACAAAGCUAAUAAGUCUGAAAUCAGCAGCUCUGGCUUACAGCACCUGCUGGGUGGCAUUCAACAGUGAAACCACACCGAAGACGAGCCUACAAUGUUCCCCGGGUUUGAGCCUUCAUUUAAAUGCAUUCAUGUACUCUGCACAUGGAGCAGAGCACUGCACAUGGAGCAGAGCAC